AUGAAGCGCAAAGCUGCAUUCCAGCUGCCCCAUACACCCCGACGCGCUCCGCGGCAGGACCCCGUGUCUUGCGACUCUUGUCGGCUCAAGAAGAUUAAAUGCGAUCGCCAGCAGCCAUGCAGCAGUUGCUCUGCGCGUCGGUUGACAUGCCGUUAUGGAAAGCCAGAAGCUGCAGGUACCGCAAGGGUUCAAAAACCACUAUUAGCAGCUGGUGUGGAGCGGACAUCCCCUCCCAGUAACCCAACUGUGCCUCCAAGAGCCGAUAAUGUGCCUGUUGAGCCCACUGCAGCUCCAUUGCGGGCGUGCAAUCGGGAGUCGCUGCUCACAGCGGACUGGCUGGAGAACAUUCAUAUGGCUGACCGGGUACCAACAGCAACCCCGAAAUGGCUGCGAGAUGGAUUAGAUGAUCCAGUAAGAGGACGCAACUUAAACUUAAACUUAAACGAAGAGACAGGCUCUGCAAGACCCCUACUGUCAAUGCCAUACAUGAAUCGAUCCGCCAUCGAUGAGAAUCCGGCGUCGAUCAAUCUGACUACCUUUGUACCCGCGAAAUCGGAGGCUCUGGAUCUCUUUCGAUACUAUCAUCGUUACGUCGACUAUCUCUACCAUAUAAUUGUCCCAAAGCGUGUCGAGGACCAAAUAAAUGGGAUCUAUCGUUGUAUUGAAAGCAAUGCGCCCGUAGAUCUCAACCACUUGGCGCUGCUUUUCGGCAUUCUAGCCAGCUCUCUAUGUCUGCAACGAUCCGUGGUGGCAUCUACUGAUGCAGAAGCGCGCAGCCAAGAGUUUGCCUUUCUCACUGGCGCUGCAUUGAUUCAAAGCCACUACUCCCUGUCUCCAACUCUUGUGGGCUUGCAGGCAACCAUGGUGGUCAUGCAUAAUGUCUCUAACUGGAACAUACCACCAUCUGUGAGCGGUCUCUUCGUACAUGGUGCGAUAGUCAGCCAAGCUAAGAGUCUUAUGCUGCACUGCAUCGACUCCCCGCGCUUUCGAAAUGAGAGAGAGGGAUGUGAUUACGAUGCAAUAGAUCUUGAGGUCAAAAGACGACUUUGGUGGGAUUUGACGUCUUUCGACUGGCUACUGGGCUUUCUUACUGGCCCGCAAGAGUGGACGUACCUCAUCCAGCCGCACCACAUGAACGUGAACCAGCCAUUGAAUAUCGAUGAUAAUGCAAUGUGCCACAACAUGGUUUCAAUGCCAAACUCCACUCCAACAGACAUGUCCUUUUUCCUUCAACGCCUGACCCUAGCUGCUGUGAGCCGGGAGGUAGUUGAUGCAACGUCCUACGAGCAUCUCCAUGGCCUGGAGCCAAAAUACGAAAAAAUCCUCGAACUAGACAGAAAGUUCCAUCAAGCGGUGGCGGAGAUCCCUGACUUCUUCCGCCUUGAUCCAUCAUCCAGACGACGGUUUGCUUCGCUCUACGAAGAGCGCCCGACCAUUGCCUGGCAAGGCUGUCUCCUACAACAAGGCUUCUUCUCCCGCUUAUGCCGUCUGCAUCGAGAUUUCUUCAUCAGAGGAGCCCGUGAACCAGCAUAUUCCUAUUCCCACGUGAUCUGCCUGCAGUCUGCCCGGAAAGUGCUCGAGAUUAAAAGGAUCAUGGAUGGAAACGAACCGAACUAUACGCCGCCCAACUCUGUCGUCUGGUCCGUAAUGCAUCAUGUAUUCGCUGCCGCUGUGAUACUAUUACUGGACGUGUGCUUCAAUUGGGAUGAUAUACUAGCCGAAAAGCGAAAAGAAGAAGUGCUGGAUGCCUGCCGCAUGCUGAGCAAGGCACAAGAGUCGUCUGCCCUGGUCAGGGAAGGAAUCAAUGCAAUGAUGGGUGUGUUGCAAAAGCAUUGGAGAACCGGAAAGCAGGCUGAAAAUUCCACUAUUAUUUCACAAGGGGCGGAUGGGGCGCGCUCUCAUCCUGGCCCUGCACCGGCUCAUGUCCCAGCUCUCAAUGCUGAAUCAAACGUUAUGCCACCACACCUCCCAGCUGUCACCAAUGACAAUGCACCUCAUGAGAGGCAGCUGGAAGAUAUCUGGACCGAGAUGCUGGAGACGGGCAACGAUCUGGCUCUGGAUUCUGCAGACUGGACGGAACUGUUGAAUGAGCUGACAGACCCGGAGCUAUCCCGAGGAUGA